UCACUAUGUAAUAAAAAACUAAACCAUACAUAAUGACCCUUAAGAUCCAUUAAUAAUUCUGUUCAGGGAAAAUGUAUGGGAUUUAUUUUUCAGUUUUCGAUUCGAAUGUUGUUGCAGUGUAAAUGCAAUUAAAGAACACUGAUUUCCAUUCAUGCUUCUUAUUAAUAAGAUUAGCUUUAGAUUCACGUGCGUCCAGUGAAUUUGUUUGGAUUUCUUGUAAGCAAAUAUAAAGGUGCAGAUGUUGUAUUUGGAGAUGUGGAGAGGGGCUGAGGCGUGACGGUACACGCAUGAGGCAGUGAUUUCUUACGGCUUUGCUUUGCUUUGCUCUUCUUCGCUGGCUGCCACUGACCGCUUGCUCUCGCGCGCCCUGUCUCUGUUGACGUUAUUCGCGCAAACAGCGAGCGAGGCAGCGCAGUCUCGCGGCGGCAAUCGAGUUUUUCCAAACACCUCUUUAUAAGUCCCAAGUCUUUCCCCUCCACCCGACCUGUUAAAACCACGCCUACGGAGGCACACAAUUGGUCCCGAAAGCGUCAAAGAGCCAAUCAACGGAGUCUGGCGUCUGGCAACGCGCGUCACAUCCACACGGCUCUGGAGCUCAUGGAAUUCAGAAGCACUGCUAAGAUCUCGGUGCUGGGAACUCGCUACCUCCGCGCGGGCCAAACGGACUUUCUCCAACGUUUGUGUGUGUGUCUGUUUUUUUAUUUAGUAAGAAAUGUGUGUGCGCGUGAAGAUACAGGCUGUGUAAUAAACUAAUGGACUCGGGGACAUUAAUCUGAGCCGCCAGUGCGUCUGGGUGGAAGGAGUGCUCUAAACGCAAACGCAGCGAACGCGUUUCCAGCAGAAUGUAGAUUCUGAACACCAGCAACGUGAACUCGUAUAUAUUUAUAAAAAUCACUGUGAUUUGUUCUCUUUUUGUUUUGUUUUUUUUUUGUGUGUGUGUAUGUGUGUGUGUGUGUGUUUUCUCUGGUUGUGGCUAAGCGAGCUGUCCACACGUACAACAGCCACUGAAGAUAAACUCCACAGCAGCGCCGGCGAGGACUUCAUGGAUAGCCUUCUCUUCUUCUCUGUUGCAGUCACUUUGCUGGAAUCCAUCUAAAGAAGAACAGCAGGCUACUCGAACCUAGGCGGUGGAUGCUUAGGUUUUCUUUACAAAACUGGAUUUCUGCGGAUUUCUGAAAAACUGGAUAAAGACUCGGACUCUCCAGCGCUGUUAGAAAACACAAAGCAAGGCACAACUUCUAGACUAUCAGAUAUUGCUAUAUGCAAUAUCUGGACUUUUGGAUGACCUUCCUGAUGAGAGAUCCAGUUAUCCAGGGCUCGAGUAUGGCAUACCACCCGUUUUUACCUAACCGGGGUCCAGAGUUUGCCAUGAGCGCCAUGCUGGGCCACCAACCGCCCUUCUUCCCGGCUCUGGCUCUGCCACCAAACGGCUCGCUUUCGCUGCCAGGAGCGCUCGGGAAGCCCAUCAUGGAGCAGCUGAUGGGCACCGCGGAUUCGGGCCUGCACUUCUCCUCUCUGGGGCAUCAGGCCGCCGCUGCUCAUCUUCGGCCUCUAAAAACACUCGAGCCGGAGGAGGAAGUGGAGGACGACCCGAAAGUUCACCUCGAAGCGAAGGAACUUUGGGAGCUCUUCCACAAGUGCGGCACAGAAAUGGUUAUCACCAAAUCAGGAAGACGAAUGUUUCCUCCGUUUAAAGUAAGAUGCACUGGCCUGGACAAGAAAGCCAAAUAUAUUCUCUUGAUGGAUAUUGUAGCGGCUGACGACUGCAGGUAUAAAUUUCAUAAUUCGCGUUGGAUGGUGGCCGGUAAGGCUGACCCCGAAAUGCCAAAGCGGAUGUACAUUCACCCCGACAGCCCAGCCACUGGCGAGCAAUGGAUGUCCAAAGUCGUCAACUUUCACAAACUUAAACUCACCAACAAUAUCUCCGACAAGCAUGGAUUUGCCUUGUUUUCAUUGCAGACAAUUUUGAACUCCAUGCACAAAUACCAGCCAAGAUUUCACAUCGUUCGAGCCAACGACAUUCUCAAGCUCCCCUACAGCACGUUCAGAACUUACGUUUUCCCCGAGACGGAUUUCAUUGCUGUUACUGCGUACCAAAACGACAAGAUUACACAGCUGAAAAUCGACCACAAUCCGUUCGCCAAGGGCUUUCGAGAUACUGGAAAUGGAAGACGUGAAAAAAGGAAACAGUUGGCCUUACAGUCCUUACGAUCCUACGAGGAGCCCCAGAAAAAAGAGAACGGCACGUCUGACGAUUCAUCCGGCGAACAGACUUCGUUCAAAUGUUUUCGUCAGGCUUCAUCUCCUGCCGUGGCCACUGUGGGUCGGCAGAGCUUAAAAGAUUUCUGCGACAGCGAUGAAGACAGUGAUGAGGACGAAAGAGACGCAAACCCCAAGGAAGGACCAGACUCAAGCAAAAUCUCCACCACCACCAGUGAAGACGCGAAGGAACGCGACGGUGCUUUGAACAAACUCAACUCGUUUGGAGAAGGCGACUCUCGGUUGCGAGAGAGCAGGACUGAGAAAAGCCGUGCCGAUUCACGACAGAGCCCUGUAACGCUCAUUUCCAGCACCACACGCUCGGGAGAAGAGCUCAAAAGUCCCGCUGGAGAGCAGGCCAAACUGGACGAGUGCCGCUCCGUAAGCAAGGAGAGUUACACGACACCACUGACUGUUCAGACAGACGCCGGCGCGCAUCUGAACCAGAGCCACUUGCACAAUUUCGGAUUUCCGCCCGGUUUGGCUGGGCAGCAGUUUUUCAAUCACCUGGGAAGCGCCCAUCCUUUCCUCUUGCAUCCCAGUCAGUUCAAUAUGGGAGGUGCGUUUUCCAAUAUGGCCGCCGGGAUGGGGCCAUUACUGGCAGCCGUGUCCUCCGGAGGAGUGACCAGCAUGGACACGGCCAGCAUGGCGUCACCGUCGCAGAGUCUGACUGGAGCGCCGGGAGUGCCUUUUCAUCUGCAGCAACACGUCCUGGCAUCUCAGGGAUUGGCGAUGUCUCCCUUUGGAGGCCUUUUCCCAUAUCCCUAUACGUACAUGGCAGCAGCAGCUGCUGCUUCUUCCGCAGCCACCUCCUCGGUCCAUCGCCACCCGUUCCUUAACGCAGUACGCCCGCGUCUCCGGUACAGCCCUUACUCAUUACCGAGUGUCCCGGACAGCACUUUGCUCACAACCGCCAUUCCUCCCAUCGACCUGAAGGGGGACGUCAUGGCUUCCAGUCCCGUAUCUGCAACUCUGGACUCCACGUCUGAGGUGACCAGCCGUUCCUCGACCAUCUCAUCCGGCUCCGUGUCUCUUUCGCCAAAAACAGGCUCUGAAAAAGACUCAAACAGCGAGUUGCAGAGCAUCCAGCGCCUUGUGAGCGGACUCGAUUCAAAGCAGGACAGAGCGCGAAGCGUCUCUCCAUAAUAAUAAUUAUUAUGAAUAAUAAUAAGACAUGAUCUGCAUUGGGAAUCAUUAAGGACAUGGUGAUACGGAUCGUGUACGACGAUGCCCUUCUAGCGAAAGCGGGUUUACAUAGGCUGCGGACCUAUAAUUAAAAAAAGAUGUUCGAUUUAAAAAUGCACUUUGGUAAAAAGACAAAAUUUAAAAAAAUUAGUUGUGUUCUCGUCUUGUUAAAUUAAAACAAUCUCUUGUUUUUCUCCUGAUGUUUGAAUAGAGUACCGUAGAAGUAUUGAAAAUGAACAGCUUGGCAAGGAACAUGUCCCAGGUCGAAUAAGCUGCUGCUGUCCUCUCUGCGUUUUAUGGCAAGUUGCUGGGGGUGUCACUAGAUUCAUUUUAAUAUGCACUCUUAAUAGAUUCUUAGUUUAUUGGAUAUCUCUUUAUCUAAUAAAUAAAAGACUGCUGUUGUUUUUUUUUUUUUUUAGUUAUUAUAUAGUCUAUUAUUUGAAGCCUGUCGUUACUGCCAGAUGGAAGCAGGCGUUCUGCAUGUCGCUUUUUUUUUUUUUUUUUUUUGAUUACCAAAUACACACACAACUACAUCCAGCGUGAAAAAUGACGAAGCAAUGCGUGCAAUAUUACAUAACGGGUUUACUUUCAUCUCAUGCGUAGACUCAUGUACCCUAAGUCACUGAGCAAACAGUUGAAAAACUGUAACCAAAAGUUCAGAACUUGCAAUCAUUCAAACUCAACAGCCACAUGUAUAAUCUAUAAAUAUAUGGGUUAUUGCCUAAAUGAAACCAAUCAAACCACCUGAUAUUGUAGGUACACAAAACUAGUCCAGCGUUGAUAUGAAUUGGGGAAAUGGGGAAGAUACCGACGGAUGCGGUUCUAAUGACUAUAAUGUAAAUAGUGACAUAUACUGUAGCUACAAAGUAUUUAUGUAAUUAUUUCAUAUGAAUAUUGCGUGUAAAUAUGAUGGAGUUGGUUUCUUCCUAGGGGAUCUGUUAUUAAUUUAUUGUUGAUAUACUGUGUAAAAAAAAAAUCGUUUGUGAGGUAUUCUCUUUGCUUAUGACAUUCACAUUGACGUCCCUCUGACUAUGGAUUGUAAUGAGCCCCGCAAAAUAUCUGCACUGCUAGGAUCCUAGCAGACCCAUGUGCCAUUGUUCCAUACUGUCCUCUGUGUUCAAGUGGUUCUGUUCAAACGCAUUAAAGGCGACAGCGCAUUGCGCCAGUGUCUUCAUACCCAUCAUACAUUUCUUUCUUUUUUUCUCUAACACAAAAAAAAAAAAACAUGAAAAAACCUAUGUUCAAAAUCACUUUUGUUGCCAGAAGUGUAAAAUAAGAUUUUUUUGUAUAUAUUUGUUUUUGUUUUUUGUUUUUUUUUUAAUUUAAUUUUGAACAGUUUACAUCAGCAGUGUUUUCUUGAAAGUGUCAAUAAAGAAAUCAAUCAAAAUUUAAAUUUGGUUGAAGAAACCUUGAAAGAAGGAGACAAAUAAUUUGAGAAGCCUGUUAAAUAUUUGGACAUGUGUAUACAUAUAUGUAUAGAAAUAUCAAGUUAUGAGUACAGUAGGCUAAUAUAAAUCCAUUUACUAUUUAAAAUGCAUCGUUUUUGCUUGCAGAAUAGUUUAGCCUACAAAUAAUGAAUACAUCAAGAGGUUUUAACGAAUGCAAUUACACUCAGAAAUAAAGCUACCAAGCUGGACUUGUGCUUGUGUCUGGCUUGGUACCAUUAAGGGUGCAUGGUGUGUACCCAUGGUAUGUAUCCUUUACCUUGGAAAGUGCAUGUGGUGUACCUUUUAAUAUUUUUUGUGGUGUUAUGUCCCUUAAAUAAUUUAAAAAGGUUUCCAGGUCAAAUAUACAAGCUAAAGGUUGAUGGUGGUAGGGAAAAGUACAGUUUGGUCCCUUUAUUUCUGAGAGUGUGUUAUAUCAUGUAAUUAAAAUCUUCUCAUUAUGAAAAUGA